UAGUUCGUUCUCACUCACUCUUUCAUUCGUGUCAUAUUUUCAAGCGAAAAUUAUAGUUUUAAUUUAUUGUAGAAAUUACAAUUAAAGUAGCAUUUAAUAAGUUAAUCAAUUAUUUAAGUAUAAGGUGUAACUGUUGCUGGUUAAUCCUAAGUUACAAUGGCUGAUUUUCUGGAGUCAGAAGCGGAGGAAAGCGAGGUUGAUUCUGAAGAUGAACAGCCAGCGGAGCGCAAGAAGCCAAAGCGCAAGGCUGCCGUGCAAAGUGACGAUGAGGACGAAGACGAAGAAGAUGAUGAAGAGCGCCUCAGGGAGGAAUUAAAAGAUUUGAUAGACGACGCACCUAUAGAGGAAUCUGGCAGUGACGGGGAGGACUCAGACGCUAGCGCAGGACCAAAGAAAAGAAAGAAAAGUGAUGAUGAACUAGAUGAUAGAUUGGAAGAUGAGGAUUAUGACCUCAUUGAGGAGAAUCUUGGUGUUAAAGUUGCCAGAAACAAAUUCAAGCGUCUGCGUAGACUGGAGGAUGAUGAUAGUGACAAUGAAGGGAAUGAUGACCCUGAGCUUGAGAGAGAGGUCAUCGCUGAGAAGCUGUUUGUGGGAGGAUCUGAUGAUGAAGAUGAAAACCGUUCAGAAUCGGCGGCGCCGCGUGGUGAGGCUGAAUAUGAUGAUGAGAAUGAGGACUUGGAGUCAGACGCUGAUGAUUUCAUUGUAGAUGAUGAUGGUAGACCCAUUGCUGAGCGCAAGAAGAAACGGAAGCCUAUAUUUACUGAUGCUUCCCUCCAAGAAGGUCAGGAUAUAUUCGGCGUAGACUUCGAUUACGAUGAGUUUGAGAAGUACGGUGAGGAGGAUUACGAAGACGAAGAGGAAGAGGACCUGGAUGAAUACCUGGAGGAUGAGGAGGAAGAGGGUGAAAAACGCAGAACAAAGAAGGGCAAAGCCAAACGGCCGAGCAAGAAGUCUAUCUUCGAGAUAUACGAGCCUAGUGAGCUCAAGAGAAGCCACUUCACUGAUCUCGAUAAUGAGAUUCGCAAAACCGACGUUCCGGAGCGCAUGCAAACGCGCGAGGUACCGAUCACGCCGGUAGAAGAGGGCAGCACGGAGCUAGAGGAUGAGGCCGAGUGGAUAUACAAGCAGGCCUUCUUGAAGCCGCCCGUGUCUAAACCCGAUGCGCAAGAGGCUAGGGAGAGGACGCGCAGGGGCAGCAGCACAAUAACGAAGAUCCGUCAAGCACUAGACUUCAUGCGGAACCAAACGCUGGAAGUGCCCUUCAUAGCGUUCUACCGCAAGGAGUACGUGCAGCCCGAGCUCAGUAUCAACGACCUCUGGAAGGUCUACAAGUAUGAUGCUAAGUGGUGCCAACUGAAGCAGCGCAAGGAGAAUUUGCUCAAGUUGUUCGAGAACAUGCGCGAUUUCCAACUGGACAAGGUGAUGGAGAACCGAGACGCGCCCAUCCCUGAGAACAUGAGGCUUAUCAAGGAUGAGGAUAUUGAAAGAUUGAAGAAUGUGCAGACUCCAGAAGAGCUUCGUGAUGUCCACACACACUUCCUGCUGUACUACUCCACGGAUCUGCCCGAGAUGCAGAAGUUGCAGCGCACCAAGGAGAAGAAGAAGAAUUUAGAGGAGAAAAAACGUCUAGCUCGUGAAGAAGCGGACAGGAACGGCGAGGACCCCGACGAGGCGGCCGCCGCGGUGGAGGCAGCCGAGCCUGAGGACGAAGAGGUCACGGAGGUCAAGUACGCAGUCAGGUCCGGACCUUACGAGCUCUGCAGGAAGGCUGGCAUUGAGCCCCUGGUGAAGAAGUUCGGUCUGACUCCGGAGCAAUUUGCUGAGAACGUGCGCGACAACUACCAGCGACAUGAAGUGGAACAGCAGCCCGUGCCCCCGCUCGAAGCCGCUGCCGAAUAUACCGGCUCAAUCGGUUCAGCAGCAGAAGUAGUGCGUCGUGCAGUAUACAUGUGCGGCGUACAACUAGCUCGCGAACCGCUGUUACGCGCCACGUUGCGGGACGCGUUACGUGACCGUGCUACACUUACUGUUAAACCUACGCCCAGAGGACUGAAAGAAAUUGACGAGAAUCACGCGUGUUAUGGUUUGAAAUACAUGAAGAAGAAGCCGGUACGUGAUCUCACAGGCGACCAGUUCUUGAAACUAACGAUGGCCGCGGAAGACAAACUGUUGGAACUUAGCAUCAGUGAACAGAUUGAAGGAAACACCACUAUCAGCUAUUUGGAGGAACUCAAACAACUUUAUCAGAAGGACGAGUUCGCGGCCACGGUGGAAGCGUGGAACGAGCUGCGAGCCGAGGCCGUCACCAUCGCGCUCACCAAGAUCGUGAUGCCCGAGCUGCGCCGGGAACUGCAUGCCGUGCUGCUGCAGGAGUCCAAGGAGUAUAUACUCAAAUGUUGUCGCCGCCGACUUUACGAUUGGCUGAAGGUGGCGCCGUAUGAGUCCAGGGUAUCAGAUGACGAUGACGAAGAGUGGUCUGAUUCUAAUGGUCUCCGCGUACUAUCCCUCGCCUACGUCCCGGACCGGCAGCACAGCGCGUUCGCGUGCGUGGUGGGCGCGGGCGGCGAGCUGGCCGACCAUCUGCGGCUGCCGCAUCUGCUGUGCCGACGCAACGCGUGGGACGCCAGGGAGAGGCAGAAUAAGGAGGCUGAUAUGACGGCGCUGCGAAGAUUCAUAAUGCGCAAGAAGCCACACGUGAUAGUGAUCGGCGGCGAGUCCCGGGAGGCUAUCAACGUGAAAGCCGACGUGUCUGACUGCGUGCAGCAGCUGGUGGAAGACGAGCAGUUCCCCAGGAUACCCAUAGAGAUCGCUGACAACCAUAUCAGCAAGAUUUAUAGUAAUAGUAUUAGAGGACGGCACGACUUCAGAGAAUACCCCGACAUACUCCGGCAAGCGAUCUGCCAAGCGCGCUUACUGCAAGAUCCUCUCAUGGAAAUAUCACAACUGUGCGGUCCCGACGAAGAAAUACUCUGUCUCAGAUACCACUCCCUGCAAGACCAAAUACCUAAAGAAGAUUUACUCGAAGGCAUAGAACUUGAAUUCGUCAAUAGAGUUAACGAAGUCGGUGUAGAUGUCAACGAAGCAGUCUUAACUGGCCGAGGAACGGAAUUACUUCAAUUUGUCUGUGGUCUCGGCCCAAGAAAAGCACAAGCACUAAUAAAACUUUUCAAACAAACUAACCAAAAACUCGAAAAUAGAACGCAACUCGUCACAGUAUGCCACAUGGGUCCAAAAGUCUUCAUCAACUGCUCAGGUUUCAUUAAAAUAGACACGAGCAGUCUCGGUGAUAGUACAGAAGCUUACAUAGAAGUUCUGGACGGUUCCCGAGUGCAUCCGGAAACGUACGAAUGGGCCCGAAAGAUGGCCGUCGAUGCCUUAGAGUACGAAGAUGAGGAUGCCAAUCCUGCCGGAGCGUUAGAAGAAAUUCUAGAAGCCCCUGAAAGACUGAAAGACUUAGAUUUGGACGCUUUUGCCGAAGAAUUGGAGCGACAAGGCUUCGGUAACAAGAGCAUAACUUUGUAUGAUAUCCGAGAGGAAUUAAACUCUAGGUAUAAGGACCUUAGGGUUGCAUAUCGCUCGCCGACCGCUGAGGAAUUAUUCGAUAUUUUGACUAAAGAGACUCCAGAGACUUUCUAUGUAGGAAAGAUGGUGUUGGCUUCAGUGGUUGGUAUCACACAUAGGAAGCCUCAGAGAGAAAUGCUGGACCAGGCCAAUCCUGUGAGGAAUGAUGAGACUGGAUUGUGGGAGUGCCCGUUCUGCCACAAAAAUGACUUCCCUGAGCUAUCUGAGGUAUGGAAUCACUUCGACGCCGGCGCAUGUCCGGGCCAGGCCACGGGUGUCCGGAUUAGACUCGACAACGGUUUAUCCGGGUACAUUCACAUAAAGAACCUUUCGGACAGACAUGUGGCCGACCCCACGGAACGCGUCCGGAUCGGACAGACGGUACAUUGUAGGAUAUUGAAGAUAGAUGUCGAAAGGUUCUCAGUGGAUUGCUCUUCGAAAUCGUCAGACUUGUUGGAUAAGAAUAAUGAGUGGAGACCACCGAAAGACCCCUACUACGACCAAGAGGCCGAAGACAAAGAUUUACGCAAAGAGAAAGAGGCGAAACAGACUAAAGAGCGCAUGCAGUACGUGAAGCGAGUGAUAGUGCACCCGGCUUUCCAUAAUAUAUCCUUUGCUGAAGCCGAGAAACUUAUGGAUAAGAUGGCGCAGGGAGAGGUUAUUGUUAGGCCGAGUAGUAAGGGUUCGGAUCACCUGACGGUAACGUGGAAGGUAGCAGACGGUAUUUAUCAACACAUUGAUGUCAGGGAAGAAGGGAAAGAAAAUGCUUUUUCAUUAGGUCGAAGUUUAUGGAUUCAGGGUUCCGAAUUCGAAGAUCUCGAUGAAAUCAUAGCGCGACACGUGACCCCCAUGGCGGGGCUCGCUCGUGACCUCAUCGCUUACAAAUACUACAAGCCUUUAGGCGGCAUGCGUGACAAAGCUGAAGAGAUCCUCAAAGAAGAAAAGGCGCGCAACCCGAACAAGAUUCACUACGUCAUCUCCGCUGCGAAGAACUACCCUGGCCGUUUCCUUCUGUCAUAUUUACCUCGAGCUCGCGUUACACAUGAGUAUGUAUCCGUUACGCCUGACGGGUAUAAAUACAGGCAGCGUACAUUCGACUCGUUAGCAGGUCUACUCCGCUGGUUUAAAGAACAUUUCCGCGAGCCGCCUCCUGCUGGUACCCCCGCCGCUCGCACCCCCGCAGGCCGCACCCCGCAUAUGUCUGCGUAUCACACGCCGGCCGGCCACACCCCCGCCUUCCACACGCCUGCACACACCCCCGGCCCCGCCUACGUCAACACGCCCUACACGCCGUCCGCUCAGACGCCAUACAUGACGCCGUUCGCUGCUACACCGCGACAGCCAGACUUCAUGCCGCCGCCUGCAAGAGUCCGACAGCCUGCGCCUUACACUGAGCCUGCUGAUUGGCAGAAGGCUGCCGAAGACUGGAUGCGGCGGAAUAACCGCGAGCCGUCGAGUACACCUCGAGCUUCGGGCACUCCCCGCGCGUCCCGCACGCCGCGUGACGGACGUGACGCGCGAGAUAUGCGUGAGCCUCGCGAAGUGCGCACGCCGCAUGCUCACAGCUCGGGCCGCUCGUCCCGCGCUCACUCGCUGCGCUCAACACCUCACACUAAUACUUCGCCUCGCUCCAUGUCUCUGGGUGACGCCACGCCGCUCUAUGACGAGAAUUAAAGCCUGUCGUAUUCUAAACUGCGCAAUUUUUUUUCGAUCCGACAAUUUUGGUCUAUAAAAUGACGCGUGUGUUUAUAUCAAAACUGAUUCUAAGAAGCCAAAAUCGUCAGGUAUCCACAAUUUGCGUAGCGUUGAUUACGAAGCGCCUGCCGCUCGCUCGGCGACGUAGCGGCCUCGGCGAGAGGAUGUAUACAGUAUUUGCUAACGUUAUUCCCCUGUUACGUUUCCACACCUGUAUAAACUCCCUCGUAUGUUUUGUUCCGAACUAGGCCUCAUCACUAGGUAGGUGGUAGUUAAUUGGUCGGUCCGCGCGGAAGUCCCGUGCCUCCGCGCGGCCGAGCCCGUAGAUAGCUAGAAUCCGUUUACGAUGUAUAUUGAGAGUUUUGACUGUGUACUCCUGUUAUCGUGCCGACCUUCAUAGCAUCGAGCUCUAUGGCGUCUUGAUAAACAUUGUAAAUCUAAUGAUAUUUUAUUACCUAAGCGUAUUGUGACCGCGGUUAUGAAAUUAUGUCGAACUAUUAUUUACAUACUUGUAUAAAUAAUACAGGAAUACGUAACCAGUUGGUAACUGUAUAAUAAACGAUACCAAUGUAUUGGUAGUGUCAUGACAAUGGUGAAUGUUUACUGCUAAGACUGCUUUCAUAUAAUCGUCGAAAUGCAUAUCUGUAACUGCACGAUGAAUUCAUUAGUUUGUUACGCUGUACAUUAACAACGAUAUGUAACGUCGUUGUCGCGAUCGAUUUUUAAUAACUGAUUUUUAUUUGACGCUUGUUUGAAAGCAUUUAUAAUAACGAACUUAAUUUCUAUUGUGACUAAAUUACUCAGAUAGCAAUAAUAUGAUUUGUGAAUGCUAAAAUGUGACAAAAGCGCAAAAUCCGCAGGAAAUGCCUUAGCGAUGGUUAGUGAGCAAUGGGAUCCUUGAUAAUUUAUUCACGACAGUACUCUUGGAAAAUAAUAAAAAUUAUGACAAUUUA